AUGCGGCAGUUAAAGCCCAACUGGACGCUCACCUUUCAACGCACGUCUGUGAAAAACCCCGAGACCAUCAAGCCCUUCCCGCUCACCCUUCCCCUCCCUCUCUCUUCCCGCCCCUCUCUUCCACCCCUAUCUUUCGCCUCAUGCGCGGCAGUUAAAGCCCAACUGGACGCUCUUCUACUACCGCACGUCUGUCAAGAACCCCGAGACCAUCAAGCCAUUCCCACCGGGCCUCCGCAUGCUCACCGGCAACCCCUUCGCUGGCAAUGUGCGUUCUCUUGCCAUGCCACUGCCACUGCUGCUGCGCGCAAGCUUGCGCAACAUGGACUCUGCUCAUUACUCUCUCGUCGUUUGUUUGGAAUGUUACAUUCGUUCAUCAUCUCUCCUUCCCUCUUACCCUCUCUCAGCCGAGAACCCUUCGAUCUAUUCCUUUGUCAUCCCAACUCCCACGGCAUGCCCCCCUCCCCUUCCCUCCCCCCUCUUCACCCUCCCCCCUCUUCCGUCGUGCACUUCCCUCCUACUAGGAGGCAGAAGCAAGGCGGAGACAACCCCCCCUUUCAACCCUCGUCUCCCCCACUCUCCUCCUUCCCCCCCUCUCCCCCUUCGCAGAAGCAAGCCGACGACUUGGCAAACAAACAAGCCAACGAUCUCGCAAAUGUCGAGUGGUGGUGCGGCGAGCGCGGAAAGCACGGCAACGACUUUCCGCACCAGAAGUGCCCCCAGGGGGACCAGCUGAUCGCGAAAAUCAACUUCCCGGUCUGCUGGGACGGCAAGAACAUCGACAGCGCGGAUCACCGAACCCACGUGGUGCAUAUUCCGCUCAACACCACGUGUCCGUCGUCCCAUCCCGUCGCGCUGCCACGAAUCAGCAUCAAGGUUUACUAUCCGGUUAGCAGCGAUUUGGAUUUAACGUGGCCAAAAGAUGGGGUGAAGGGGAACCCUGCGGUGUAUUUGUCAACGGUGCAGAGCGGUGGAACCGGCAGCCCGUAUGAGUACCACAGCGAUUUCAUCAACGGGUGGGAUCAGAAGGUUCUGACUCGCCUCGUUACGGACUGCAUCAAUAAGAAUAAGAAGUGCCUGGCGCAGGAAGACAAUGUGUAG